GGGCUUGGGGCGGCCCUGCCACCGCCUCCUCUUCUCCCCACCGCGGUGGCGGUGGCAGUGGCGGCGGCAGCGGCGGCGGAGGAACCUGACACGCACCGGCCCCACUCCCGCCCCAGUCGAAGCCGAAGCUGCAGCCGGCGCCGGGCGGGGGCCAUGGGCGCCCCGCGCGGCCCGGGUCAUGAGGACGGAGGCGGAGGCAGCGGGGCCGCCGCUCGAGCCCGGAGACUUUGUGCAGCUGCCCGUGCCCAUCAUCCAGCAGCUCUACCACUGGGACUGUGGCCUGGCCUGCUCCAAAAUGGUGCUGCGGUACCUGGGCCAGCUGGACGACAAUGAGUUUGAGAGUGCCCUGCAGGAGCUGCGACUAACCAGGAGCAUCUGGACCAUUGACCUGGCUUACCUAAUGCGCCACUUUGGCGUGAGGCACCGUUUCUGCACACAGACCCUGGGCGUUGACAAGGGCUACAAGAACCAGUCCUUCUACAGAAAGCACUUUGACACAGAGGAGACCCGGGUGAACCAGCUGUUUGCACAAGCCAAGGCCUGCAAGGUGCUGGUGGAAAAAUGCACAGUGAGCGUGCAGGAUAUCCAGGAGCACCUGGCACAGGGCCACGUGGCCAUUGUGCUGGUGAACUCUGGGGUAUUGCACUGCGACCUCUGCUCCAGUCCUGUCAAGUACUGCUGCUUCGCCCCCAGCGGCCACCGCUGCUUCUGCCGGACCCCUGACUACCAGGGCCACUUCAUUGUUCUGCGUGGCUACAACCGGGCCACUGGCUGCAUCUUCUACAACAACCCAGCCUAUGCUGACCGGUCAGAGGAGCUCAUGAAGCCUGAAAUAGGCAAGGAAGGCUUCCUGGGGACGGAAGACGAGUGGCAAAGGGUGGCCAGACGAGUGAGCCAUGCAGGAAUGUGCAGCACCAGCAUCAGUAACUUCGAGGAGGCCAGAACCAGUUAUGGCACAGAUGAGGACAUCCUCUUUGUCUACUUGGACAGCUGACGGCGGGAGCCUGGUGUGCCCAGGCCCUCACACCCCACCCUGCCACACCCCAGUCAGGCCCACUCAGGAGGCCUUGGCGCAGGCCCCGAGCUGCUAGGGCUUGGAUGCAGAACUGCGUCCAGCCUUGGCCCAUGUGACAAAGCCCCAGGGAAUUCUUGGAGCCCAAGGCGUGCCUGCUUUGUCCACCAGCGUUGCGCGUGUCAUCAUGCCACUUACCCUGCACACCUGCUGGUUGCUGGAGGCCUCCGCAGAGCAUCUGAGUAGAGCCUCCCCUGGGACCCCAGGCCCGACUCCAACCACGCCCAGGGGACUUCCAGCCCCGUGGGUGCCUUUGUUGCCUGCAAACCAGACCCAGGUGGAGAAGGCUGAGCUCGUCUCCCCACAGACCUGGGGGCUGAGCCCUGGAGAUGCCGCUUGUCAGGAUGGCAUCUGUGUGUUUGGAGACCAUGUAGCCAACCCCAGCUCCCAGGGCUGCGGACUGCUCCAGGCCUUGCUGGGAACUGCCCUCCCCCCUGUCCCCCCAGAAGUGCUAUAGACCUCCCUGUGCCCUUUGGUGAAUGCCGCCACUCUCUCACGCCUCCCCGUGGACCCAAGUUCCUGUGGCUGGUUGUCAGACCUCUGGGCCCUGAGGAGGGCUGGGCCUCAGGCCAAAAGGACCCUGAACCCCACCCCUCACCCUGCACCCUCCAGGUACUAUAGCAUUGUAGGGUGGAGGGCCCUGAGGGGAGUAGACAGGGCCCUGGCUCUUGCUGGCUGAAUGUACUCUGAGAAUGCCUGACCCUGAGGGCCAAGAACAGCCACUUGAGUCCCAAAGAUCCCCCCCCCCCAACCCAUGAGGCCUCCUGACACUAGCCUAAGCCCUGACAGUGGGGCCCAUUCUCUGGGUAUGGGGAGCCCCAAGCCUCACAGUGCUGGAGGUGCUGGGGUGCUAGGGCCUGCACUGCUGAGGCAGUGGCGGGGGAUAGCCUGUGGCCUCCCACCCACCCCAGUGUUCAUGCCAGGACAUUUUGCACAGAAAGUUGGGUCUCUUUUUCUUGACAGAGAAAGGUGGUACCUGCCCAGGAUCACAUAGCACUGCACGUAGCAUGGACUAUUUGUUUUGUUUUGUUUUGUUUUUUUGAGAGAUUUAAGCUUUCACUUGUGGGGAGUGAGAGUCACCCUCAAGUAAGACAAUAAUAGUGAGAUUCAGGUACUUCAGAACCACUGACACCUCUCUUCAUAGGGCAGAUAAGCCAGCCCAAGUUCUCUUUCAAAGAGAAAGGGACUCACAGCUGGUGGGCUGAGUGCCAGGACCCCUCACUUUAUAGACAAAAUCCGGCCAUCAGUCUGGGGACAGUAUGUCCAGGACAGUGGUGGGCCUGGGUCUUGAACGCAGAUCUGCACCUAAAAACUAAGGGAAAUGGAUCAUUCCCAAAGGGGCUGAGGACACCCACCCCUCAUGAGCGGUCAUUGGCAAGGGAGCAAGGCUACCCCAAGAGCCACAUGGCAGCUGCCAUCCCUCUGGACCGCAAACCAUGCUCAGCAUCUGCUCCCAACAGCCGACUGGCAUCUCCCCACCAUGGCUGCUCUGAGGGGCAGGGGUGGGCUCUGUUUAUGAGGGCUGUCAGACCACCCAGCCAAAUCGCUCCUCGGCACCAGAUGCAGCCUUUGGCCGCGACGGAGGCGCUAUUAGCUGGUUAGCUAACAGGUCAGCCACCCUGGUUUCAGAGACUAGCAUUGCCUUCAGACUGGUCUCGUCUCUUUUGCCUUAAUGCUGGGUGGCCCAAGAUCCCAGGGAACUCUGGUUUCACGCCCAGGAGUACCAUGUGUGGCAGCUGAGGUUUGGGCGUCCUCAGGAAGGGUCUGGCUAAAAUUGUGGUAAGAAUAGAUGCAUCAAGGAAGGCAAUGAGGAAGCGAAGCUGUGGAUGACUGGUGGGGCUGUCAUGGAGAGCGGCCUCCACGGAGAGUGGUCACAGCACCUCAGUCCAUCGUGUGACAUUUAGAAACACUCAGUCCCUGGGCAGGCCACAAGUUAGAGGUCACCUGGUCACCUGCCAGAGGUCAUCUGGCAGAUUAACAAGAAAGCUACCUGUGCCUGAGACGGUGCCAUCUGCCCGGGGAGGGUCAUGGGGGUAGGAUGCAAACCACGCUACGUUGUGUUCUUGCACAUGUCAUGAAAACAAGGCUGGAGAGAGCCCAGACUUCAGGAACUUCUGCCCAUAGCAUGUGGCACCCAUGACCCCUGUCCACUUGCUAGGGGCCCAGCGAAGCCACACUGGACGGUUGGUUUUGUUCACUCCAGCCACACAGGGACAAAAGGGAUCUUUUGCAUUGCAGAGAUUUUCUACAUAUAUAUAUUUUGUUUGUAAUGAGCCAUUCUCAAUAAACAUUAUUCUCACUGCAAAA